GCUACCGCUAAUUCUCGCUCUCGGCCUGCACCACCACGCGCCACAAGACUUCCAUCGAACAUCUGCAGCUGCUCGCAUGCCGGUACAAGACGUCUUCCAUCACCAUGCUGUCCAGCGAUCAAGCCGCGGAGCUGGUGGCGCGGCUGCAGGAAACGAUUGUGGCGUGCAAUGAGCGCUGCCUGUACUUCGCUGCGCAAUGGUCUGCCGAACUGCUGAACUCCUUCGAUGAGGCCUCGGACCUGGUCGACGCCGAUGGCUCUGAUACGGAGAUUGACGAAGAAGACGCUGCAUCAACCACGAUAGUCCCACCGAACAAGGAUCCCAAAGAGGCACGGCGGGAAGCGAAAGAACUGCCACGCUAUCUCAUGGCCAAGUCCUUCUUCGACUGUCGUGAGUUCGACCGCUGCGCCGCUGUCUUUCUGCCCGGUCAGCUCCCUCAUGCCACUCCAUCAUAUGAAUCAAUUUCGCCCUCGAAUGUCACUUCCACACCAAAGAGAGAGCGGCAACCACUCAGCUCGGCUCACGCACGUACGCAGAAGCUCAAGCGUGCGCCUCCCCCUACAGCACCGAAGAAUUUGAGUCAGAAAUCCCUGUUUCUCGCUCUCUAUGCCAGAUACUUGUCCGGAGAGAAGCGAAAGAAUGAAGAAUCGGAGACUAUUCUGGGCCCGAAUGACGGCCCCUCCACUGUCAACAAAGAGGUCUCUGGGAUUGCAGCUAUUCUGGAUGAAUACUUCAACGCCAGAGGCGGAAUUGAGAACUUGGCAAAUUCUGAGGGCUGGCUGGACUAUCUCUUUGGCAUCAUACUAAUCAAAUCAAAAUGUGAAAGGCUCGCGAUGCAGUGGUUGCUGCGCAGUGUCAACCUCAAUCCAUGGAAUUGGUCUGCGUGGCUGGAAUUGGCUUCACUAAUCGAGGGCCCCGAGCAACUUGAUGACAACUUCAAGGCGAGCCUGCCGAAGAAUGUCAUGACCUUCAUUUUCAUCAUCCAUUGCAACCAGGAGCUCUUCCAACAGGAUCAGUACAUUUUCGAUAUAUUGAACAACAUGCUGAGCAUCUUCCCUCGCUCAGCCUUCUUGACCCAGCAAAAGGCACUUCUGCUAUACCAUGCACGCGAGCAUGAUGAAGCUGCAGAUGUCUUUGAAGACCUGCUUCGCCGCUUUCCUCAUCGUCUGGAUGCCAUGGAAAUAUAUAGUAAUCUUCUGUAUGUCGUUCAGAACAGACCGAAGCUGGCCACACUAGCUGCAAUGGCAAGCGACACGGACAAAUUCAGGCCUGAGACCAAUUGCAUUCUCGGGAAUUAUUAUAGUCUAAUAGGCGAGCACGAGAAGUCCGUUCUUCACUUUCGACGCGCAUUGGCUCUUGACCGCAACUGCCAAGAAGCAUGGACACUCAUGGGACACGAAUACAUCGAACUCAAGAACACCCAAGCGGCUAUCGAGUCAUACAGGCGCGGAGUCGACACCAAUCGCAAAGACCACCGUGCAUGGUAUGGCCUUGGCCAAGGGUACGAGAUGCUCGAAUGUCACAGCUAUAGCCUGUUCUACUACAAGCGGGCAGCGGCGCUGCAGCCGCUGGAUCCGAAGAUGUGGACCGCUGUUGCGAAGGCGUACACGAAGUGUGACAAGAACAUGAACGCUAUCCAGUCUUACAAGCGGGCACUCAUUGCCGGUGCGCAACUGGACCCUGCGGCUAGCUUCGGGAAUGGAAACGUCGACCCACUUGCUCAGGCAGUCGGUGGUGCUCUGGACCCCGGGAUUUUAUAUGAAAUCGCAUGCUUGUAUGAGAGGCAGAGCAGCUACGAUGAAGCCGCUGCAUACAUGGAGCUCGCUCUCGCCCAAGAAGAAGGCGUAGAAGAAGGCGAUGAAGGUCUUGGGGUCACACAGAUCACCAGUCGUGCUCGGCUCUGGUUGGCCCGAUGGAGCUACACCUGUGGUGACUGGCAGCAAUGCAUGGACCUCGCCAACGAGCUUUGUCAGGAUGGAGUCGAGGUCGAGCUCGCCAAGAGCUUGGUCAAGGACGUGAGAGCUCGCAUGCAAGAAAUGACGGAACAAGGAGACCCGCGACGUUUCAGCGGAGCAUCCGAAGAACUCUGAAAUACAAAUGAUUGACACCAGGAAUGAUUGUGUGACGAGUGCACACUGCCCUCUGCCGGCUCGUGCACUCAUAUCACACAGCACAGCUGAUCAACUGAUCAAAGGAACUGAGAUGCCUACCACAGCUGCUGACUAAGCCUGCAUUGCUGAUAGGUACCGAUAGUCGAUACCUCUUGAAAUGGAACACACUUUGGAACCUGCGUCUCCCACAUCCCAGUGAUGAAAAUAUGGCACACUCGUUCAACCUUAGCCUUGGCCUCGAAGGUACACAUGUACUGAUCACUGGAGGCUGCGGCUUCAUCGGUCGUGUGGUGACGGAGGCUUUCCUGGCCGCAGGCGCUAAUGUCUCCAUCGUGGAUUUACCAGAAGCCGUCGCAAAUCGGCAGCACUAUGGCGGCAGACACAACUCCAUACUCUUCUUACCUGCCGACAUAUCGCAGCCCGACUCUGUCAGCAGUGCGUUUUCGAAGGCUGAGGAUGGCUUCGGUGCAGUGGAGUGCUGCAUUGCGUUGGCAAGUACAGAUCUCAGCAGCUUGCAGCAGACAGAAAGUAUUUGCGAUAUGGACCCCAAAAUAUGGCAGGACGUCUUCAACGUUAACAUCAACGGUACCUUUCUCACGGCGCAACGCUGGCUUCGCGGCAUCCGAUCUGCGUUGAAAGAUCCCAUUGCAGCGCCGAAUCUUCGAAACGUCAACCUCAUCAUUAUGGGAUCCGAGUCGGGCAAGUUUGGCGUGCGUACCAUGGCUGCUUAUGCGGCAGGUAAAGCUGCAGUGCAAUAUGGUCUGCUACAGUCAUUGGCGCAAGACGUUUCGCGGAUUUACAUCAAAGGUCGCGUCAAUGGGGUGGCGCCGGGUGCUGUCAAUACCACUCGAUUUCAGGAAGAGUGCGAGCGCUAUGGAAUGCAGUGGGAGUAUGAAGAGUGCCAAGCUACUGUUCCCAUGGCGAAGCCUGUGGCGCUGGAGGAUGUCGCCAGGACGAUUUUAUUCUUGGCCAGUGAGAGAUGGAGUGGUUCUACUCAUGGCCAGCUUCUGCACGUGGACGGAGGGAAGACGGGUAGUUUGGUAUGGCAGCCUGGAGAGGCGGCGAUAAGAUGUGGCUAAGUGAAGUACUUUGCGCUUAAUUUCGCUUUCACCCGUUCUGGAGCUGGGAGGUACAAGUAGGAGGUACUCUGAUACAUAAAACGCAGGUCUGCCGCAGACCUAGUUCAACUUAUUUAUUGAGUUGGGCGAAAGGAUCAAGCGCAUGUCAGCACUAUUCCCCUUCCGCAGCAGUGCUGACCCCACAUGGGCCGGCCGCCAACGCCACACAGCUGGGGGAACGAACGACUUCAUCUUAUAUUGUGUGAUGAGUACCUAGGAGGUACUAGGAGGUAUGACUUCGCCGCCUCGGAAAGGUGUUUGCCAAGACGUGAG